AUGCCCGUCGGGGCCAGCGGCGACAUCGGGGCUGCUAGUACUAGCACCGGCACCCCCACGGGCGCCACUGGCGCACCGUUACCCGCCCCAUCGCUGAAGCGCAGCGCCGCCGACGCGUUUGAAGAACCCGAGCCAGAUGCCGAGGAAGAUGAGGACGACGGCGGCGAGGCGGCGACCGUCCCCAAGAAGCAGCGCACCGAAGAGACUGGGGAGCAGGAGACGGCCGGAGCGGAGGCGGCGGCGGUGGACGGCGCCGCGCUCGCGGAGAACCUGGAGGAGGAGCUCCAGUGCGGGUGCUGCUCGGCGAUCGUGUACCGGCCGGUCGUCGUCGUGCCCUGCCAGCACUUUUUCUGCGGAAGCUGCGUCGCGCUUUGGAUCAGGAACGGCGGGACGAGCUGCCCAGCGUGUAGGUCCGUCUCCACCAGCGUGCAGUUCUCCCGGCCGCUGCAGAAGGUCGUCGACACUCUUCUCCGCCACGCGCCGAGCAAGGCCCGCUCGGUUUCGGAGCGCAUACAAGCAGACGCCAUCUACCAUCCUGGCGUCUACCUCCGGAUUCCGAGCCCCAGACAGGCCUCGCCUGAACCCGCGAUCCCAACAACGAACAGCGCAUACACGCGCCCGUGCCCACAUUGCUUCGCCGGCAACCAAUGGGGAUGGCGCUGCCCGCAGCCCAUCGUGGACCCGGACGUCGACCCCAGCCACGCGUGGCUUGCAGAGGAGGGCAACCCACCCGGCCACACUAUAUGCGGGAACUGCGAGACGGUGCUCGCGCUCGCAGCGCCGUCGACGACCCGGUGCGACUUCUGCCAGGUCUCGUUCUGCGGGAUCGGCGUCCCGGGGCGGUGCGUCGCCGCCCCGCUCGCGAGCCAGCACCCACACGGGCUCACGGACAUCGGCGACCUGAUCCAGUGCGGUGAGAUCUACGAGUCUUUCGAGAGCAACACGGUCGAGGUCGACUACAUGCUCGACUACCUCACCGCGCAGACGCUCUCCCCACACCACAUCUACCGCGAGAUCGUGGGGCACAUCCAGUCCCAGCCGCGCGGGUUUGCGCCGCUCAUUGAGCUCGAUCUGUUCGCGGAAAUGUACCAGGUGCCCGGGGGCGCCGACCCUGGGCCGUCUACGCCCAGAACGCGGAUCUGCCGGCUGUGUGCGACCGAGGUUCUGCUGUACGGCCUGCGGGAGUGGUGGGUGCGAGAACGCAGGAAGGGCUUCCUCGAAGAACACGUAAUGGCGCGCCCGGACUGCCCCGACGGCACGCAAUGUCCGCGUCAGAAGAACCACUCCCACGCGCCCGCACUCACGCAGGAGGAAGACACGCUUUCAGACGUCGACUUCUCCCUGCUGCCGUCUGGCUCCGGCUCUGGUGUGCAUAACCCUGGGGCCCCAUCGGCGUCCGGGUCGCGGGCAGCUCCCUCUUCGCAAUCGCAAGAACAACAAAUGCGCGCAUCGCUCAGCCUCCCGCCCGCGCUCAUCGAGGCCGCUUUUCGCACCGUGCCGGCGCGAAUCGCGGCGGCGGCGGCGCUCGACGCCGCAGACCUGGUCGAGUACGGGUCCGCACCGUCGUCGCAGGACUUCCGCGACGAGGUCGACGCGCUGCUCUAG